AAUUGCAAAUAAAUAAAAAAAGGAUAUAGCAGUGAGUGAAAGAGGAUACACUCUUCAUUCCUCAGCCAUAAACAUGGCAUCACAACUUGCCAGCAAUACAAGAUGCCAAACAUUAAUGCACUGCACAGCCUCCUACGGCGAAAGAGGGAGCGGCAGCCGUGGUCGUGGCGGUUGCAAACUCUCUCAUCGGUACCGUCGAAUAACGAACCACGGCGGCGACAACGACGAAGGCAGUGGCAAUGCAAGCACCCAACAAGAACAAGAUUUGAACAAGAAGAAAGGUGCAAAGCAGCAGCUAGCACAAAAGCUUCACAGGUUGGGAUUCUCGUACCUUGCAUCAUCUUUUAUUUACGUUGUCACAAAGGUUAAGGCCUUCUACAAUGGUUUUCUCGGAGAUGUUUCCAAUCAACCAAAUGCAAUAACCGCCAUGGAGGCACAACUCACCGAGCCAUAUUUCUCAUUUCCAGUUCUUCCUUACAAUUAAUGUACGGUGGCAGUUAUUUUUAUGUGAAAUCGAUAUUUAAGAACCGUUACAUAAUUUAAUAAGUUUCGACUAAAUAAUAAUAUAACAAUUCUCAACUAUCAACUUCACAUGAAAAACAGCGGGCAUAUGAUGAGUAUUCAUACAUUAAUGUAUAUAUUAUUAAUUAGAAGGAGCGGCAUGUGUUUAUGUAUGUCAUGAAGCAUUAAUUAAUUAAUUAAUCUGAGUGUAAAAGCCAAAGGGCCUGCAUUUCAAGGUGUAUAUCAUUGUGCUGUAUUCUGAGUUAAUUAAUUCA